GAGCAAGAGGCGUCUGAUCUGCGUGUGCAUGUGGAGGACUUACAGCAAGACAAGCAAAAGCUUAGCAGAGAAGCAGAUAAACACAGAGAGCAGCUCCACAAACUCCAGACAGAGUCGCAUGACACACGGACGAAUCUACAACAACAAAUCAAGGAGCUGCAGCAGCACACACAAGAAUUACAGCAGCAGCUGCACACACACACGGAUCAGCUAAAACAGGAAGUGUCUGCGCGUGAAGAGGCAGAAAGCAGAACUCGGCUGUUACAGGAAGAGCUGGAGACGACAAGGAGAGAGCGAGAGACACUGAGAAUAGAGCGAGCACUGGAGCAGACGCAGUUCGAGGCGCAGAAGUCUCAGAUGGAGGCUGAGUUUCGUCUGUCAUUGGAGCAGCAGAUCAGUGAAAGAGUGAAGGCUGUGCAGGAGGAGAACAACACAUACAACACACAACUACGACAGCAGCACAGGAAGCAGCUGCUGGAUCUGAGUGCGCGGCAGGAGCGAGAGCUGGCGGCUCAGCUGGAUCAGUGCAGAACACAGUUACAGGAGAGAGACGACAAACUGCAGCAUCUCACACAGGCUUACCAGCACAGACUGUCGGAGAUGCAGGAGCAGCUGGUUUCCAUGGCAGCGACUAAAAAGAAGCUAGAAUCGCAGAGGGAGGAGCUUGUGUCUCGUCUUCAGGGAAUGAUGCGCUCUCAUUGGGCGGAGGCUUUACGGCUGCUGACCAAUCAGGAGCAGAUGGAGAGUUUUUUAUCACCCGUCCAUCAGAGGGAAACAUCCAGAAUGUCUUCUUCUCCUAAGAGUGACCCACAUGUAUCAGCAGCUCCGCAGGCUGUGGUUCUGCAUCUUUCCAGAGAGAAGGAGCAGCAGUGGGGAACACACCGAGAGCUGAACUCAGAGAUCAACUGCAGCAACACAUUCAGCCCACUGGAGCCACAGCUGGACAACACUGAGCUCACAGCACUCAGUGACUGCAGUGCAUUGUGGGUCAGGCCGAUGUUCACAAUAGAUGAAUCCAUGAAAGAGCAGAGUGAGGAGAGGAGAGAAACUCAGUCAAACCUGAAGCACAAUCUGAAUUACAGUCAGUGUGAACCCAAGCUGAAACACAGCCACACAGACGCAUGGACCAAUCACAACUCAGCUGCAGAUAAUGUGCAGGGCAGGGGCGGAGCUUCUGUACUGAAACAGAGCCACGCCCCCUCAGACACGUGGACCAAUAACAGCUCAGCUGCAGAUAGUGGGCUGGGCAGGGGCGGAGCUUCUGUACUAAAACAGAGCCACGCCCCCUUAGACACAUUGACUAUUCACAGCUCAACUGCAGAUAGUGGGCUGGCCAGGGGCGGAGCUUCUGUACUGAAGCAGAGCCACACCCCUUCAGACCAAUGGGCCAAUCACAGCUCAACUGCAGAUAGUGGGCUGGGCAGGGGCGGUGUUUCUGUACUGAAGCAGAGCAACGCCCCCUCAGACACAUGGACCAAUCACUGCUCAGCUGCAGAUAGUGGGCUCGGCAGGGGCGUUGUUUCUGUACUGAAAAAGAGCCACGCCCCCUCAGAGACAUGGACUAAUAAUGGCUCAGCUCCAGAAAGUGGGCAGAGCAGGGGUGGAGUUUCUGUACUGAAACAAAGCCAUGCCCUCUCAGACACAUGGACCAAUCACAGCUCAACUGCAGAUGGUGGCAGAGGUUGGGCCUACAGUAGUGGUUCUGAGAAGGCUCCGCCCCUUUCAGAUGAAGCUCCACCCAGCAGGAUCAGAGUUUCUGAAGACAGACAGAGUGAGCUGCAGUAUUAUGUGUCAAAGCUGCUGGAACGUUCCCCUGGUGAGCCGCUGGAUGAGCCAAUCAGAGAGCAGCGCAGUGAGUCAGCUGAUGCGUCUGUCCAGCGUCACAUGACUGACCUGACAUCAAACAUGACAAACAAGAAACCAGAGCAACACGACAAACAAGAGGUGUGUGUUUCGUCUCAGCGAGGUCGAUCUGUGCAGAGCAGAAGAUCUGUGAACCGCAGAGGAGGAUCUCAGAGAGUCUGGAGAUGAUGAUGAUGAUGAUGAUGCCUUGAUGAUGAAGAUAUGCUUUCCAUUUUAAUCUCUUAUUUAUAUCUGCUUAUGAUAUUUAAAAUAAAACUCCAAAAUCUUAAA